AAGAUAAUCUUGAACGAAGACUCCGGCGCUCCGGUGGAAAAGCUCCCAUUCCUUCAAUCUCUGUGGGCACAGACUGCCCCGCUCUUUCGCCCCCCGCUGCUAUGGCGGACUUUGCAACUCUACUACAUUACCGCGAUGCUUUAUGCCGUAAACAACAGUUUGCUGAUGUGGUACCCGUUCCUGCUGAACACCUAUCUGACAGAUGAUGGUUCUGCAGACCAGGGUGGGCUCUGCAACAUGAUCCUUCGCUCGCAAGACGCCUCUCACGUCCAACAAACAUCCAUCUGCUACUCCAAGCUCGACUACUUCACAACUUUAUUCAGCAUCACGCACUCUUUAUCCUUCACGCUCAUCAACGUCUUCAUGUCCCGCUUCGCCGGCCGCAUGAAGCUGAUGCUGAUCACCGUCCUGACUGUGGCCUUCUCGUCCGGUGUCGUCAUCAUAUUUACCACAAACAACACGAUUAGCUUCCUGUUCUUCCUUGGGAUUAUGACCACGGGGCUUGGAAGCGGAGUUGUGUUCUCUUACUUCAUUGAGCUGUAUCCCACGUCUUAUCGUGGCAUGGCAGCGUGUCUGGGCGUGAUCGUGGCGCGGGGAAGCGCUCUCACUGCCAUCAACAUCCUUGGCUCCAACAUCAUGACCAACUGCCACCAGUGCUUCUACGCAUACACAGCCUACAUCUUGAGCGGCAUCAUCGCAUCGUUCUUUCUGCCUUCCGACGCAAAAAAGAAGACUUAAGGCCCAUUUCUUCAAUGCGAAAAGUCGCAUACGAGUUCCAUUGCGGUAUAAAUUAAUGUAUGAGAUGAAACGUUGGUUACUCUACAAUCUGCAUUGUAACUAAAAUUGUAUAUGAAUUCGCGCGCCGAAAACGGUUGGUGGAUGUUUAUCAAACGUACAAACAUCAAUAAUAUCAAUAUACAAAUAUUGUAUAGAAAGUUUGUUAGUUGCUCAGUCUAUAGAUUGUUUGUUGCUACUCAUGCUUCAGGUUCAUUAUGAAGAUAUAUGCACCUGAAUAAAAUAGGAUGAUAUAGGCAAUAAAUAUUGAAAUCAUAUCUGA